GGGGGAAAAUCGGAGCUCUGAGGAGACUGUGUGAGGCUGUGUCCGCGGGUGGUGAGUCGGGAGUCCAGGAACCUGUGGGGAAGGACCGUGUGGUAACGCUCCAGCAAACGGAGGCUAAGUCCUCUAGCACAUGUGGAAAGGACAUCAGGGCCAACUCCGUGGAAACCUGAUACCUGUUCUUGCUUGUGGCGUUCAUUUAACUCUUCCUUGUAUCUGUAAUGUGCCUUUGCACACACAAUGUUCAGGAUUCCUGUGUAGCACAGGGAGGCUACUGUCAUGGCAUCCAAGAUCAAGAGCAAACCUCCUAAGCAGUCUGAGAUGACUCCUGAUCUACCAUCUGAUGAUUUACAGCUGCUGAGUGAAAAUAACCCACCUGAAAAUAACCCAGGAAACAGACCAGCCCUUGAAACCAGUGGGGAAAACAGUUCUUCCCACAAAACAGGUGGACCAAAGCCAGGGCCUAGUAAGAAAUCUCUUCAUGGAAGGAGGAAAAGGUAUAUGCAUUCAGUCAGUAAAACUAUCUACAACAUCGAGCAGAAAAUUAACCACUUCCUGAAGCUCCAGCAUGAGCAAAGGCAGGAGAUUUAUCAGGAACAUUCUCAUCAGUUUUUGAAUUUGGUUGUGAUGUGGAAUAUAGAUGCAGACGAAGUCAAGAAGCAUGGAGAAAAUCUCUUCAAUAUACUUGAUCAGCAACAAGAGCUUUUUCAUCAAUUUCAAGUUAUUCAUAAGCAGAAAAUAGAAGAAUUUAAGGAGCUAUGUAAUCGACACUUGAAGAAUCUACAGGCUAUUAAGAGUUGUCGCCGAAAAGCUAUUAUCGAGGAAUCCAGAAAACAAAUGGACCUCUUGGAGAGGAAACUUACUAAAGAAACUGUAAAGCUUCAGGAAGAAAAGGCUGGUGUUAGAUCGUCUCUGCUAUCCCUGCUAUUCUCAUAACACCUUGAAGAAAAUAGCUCAACCUCCAUAAUAAGAUGUCAUCAUCUAUUAUGCCGUGGAGACUGCAACUGAAGUGAUUGUAACUUCCUUUUUCACAUCUGUGAGGUGCCAGAAAAACUUUACUGAGAAUGUUUUGCUCUUCAAAAUUUCUUUGCACGUAGUAUGCUAACAUCAGUGAUAUACAAAGUCUUCUGUAUGGAUAUGGAUAUGGAUAUGGAUAUAGAUCUACCUGCCAUGGGGAAUCUUUAGCUGGAAACCUUUGAUUUAAUAAACAUGAAAUUGUUUCAGA